AUGAAAAAGUUGAUGCCCAAAAAGAAGCUUGUUGAAGGUGAUACCUUUGAGGUCACAUAUAGGUGUAGUUCUAUCAUGGAUAGUAAGGUUAAGAAAAAGAAAGAUGACCCCGAAACAUUCCCUAUUCCUUAUAUAAUUGGGAUGCAUGAGGUUGUAAAAGUUCUAUGUGACCUUGGUGCGAGCAUCAACUUAAUUCCUUUUGUCAUCUACAAGAAACUCGGAUUGGAUGCCCCUACACCGACCUCUUUGAGACUUUUAAUGGUGGACCGGUCCAUCAAAAGGCUGGUGGGAAUUUUGUUUGACGUCCUUUUUAAAGUGGAAAAGUUUAUACUUUUGGCGGACAUCAUGGUAUUGGAUUGUGAAAUGGACCAAGAGGUACCUAUCAUCCCUGGUCGCCCUUUCUUGGUCACUAGAAUAGCCAUUUUUGAUUUAGAUAUGGCAGAAAUAAAGUUUAGGGUUCAAGUGGAUGAGGUCUCUUUCAAUAUUUGCAAGACAAAGAAGCAAACUGCAGAGCUUUAG